UGGACGUUAACGACCAGUGGGCGGUAAUUUGACGUUUUAUCCACCCACUCGGAGAAUAACUUGAAAAAAAACGCACGUCAAUGAAACCAAAUGAAUGCCAUGGUUCUAAAGAACUCAGACAACGCUCCAUUUGGUUCAACAGCCCAAAGAUUUGGCUACCAAGGUUUACACCCGAAGUGGCGACCUGUCAACUCCUCUCCUAAUUUGGGACCCGGAUAUUACAACGCUGAACUCACUCAAAGAGCUAAAAGUGCAAAUGCAUUCACUUCAUUAUGGAAGCGACAUUACCACCUGCAAAAGCAAGCGGAUCUUGUAAAAGCAUUCAGAAUCAAACAGACUCCCACUGAAAUGGUUGAGGCAACCAAGCCUGAAUUGAGCCUGCCGGGGUUGGACUUCUUAAAAAAGCAUUCCUUUACAAAACGGGGCCCGAUCGAUACUCUAGCCAAACGAUUUUCUGAAUCGCAAGUGGAAAAUCCGGGGGUGGGAACCUAUGGAAUUGGUGGUAACCCUUACAUCUACAAAGAAUCAAUGGACCGUCUUCGUAAAUCUGCCUCUUCAGUGGGAAUGAUGUCCUCUAACACUUCGGGCGAACGUUCCCUUCCAACCGCUAUAUGUGCUCUUGGCCCAGGGACGUAUAAGCACAAAGAAUACUUGAAUGAAACAUUGAAUAAACAGACGGGGAUUCGCGGACCAUACGAUCUGUUCACAGGCCCAAGAUACAAGCAAUUGACAUCCGAUACACCUGAUCCCGGAGCGUACGAAAUCAAGUCGUUCUUGGACAAGUGGAAUAGACCAGAACACUCCCAUGCAGGAAAAUUUCGAAGAAUUAGUAAUCAGCUGCAGCUUGGGAAAAUUUAUGCUCCCGCCGUCGGAACAUCCGCACAGCUUGGUCCCGGAAAAUAUGACCCCGUUCUACCGAAAAAGAAAGAGGCCAGUUGUCAAAAUGUCCCAUUCCUCAGUCGAUCGUCACGUUCAGCUGGGAGUAUUUUUACACACCACCCGCAUCCCGUGGGUCCAGGACGGUAUGACGUACAACGCUACGAUGACUCUCGGUGUAUCUGGGGAGCAAUGUCAGCGUUCGACUCACAAACACCCGCCCGUCCUGAUCUAAAGGAAACACAGAAGAUUAGCGAGCGUCUACGCCCCAUCAAUAUCCCACCCCAUCGACGCUUCAACUUUCUCAGUGGCACCAUUCGUGAAGAAUGAACCAUUCAAAGUUAGUUGAGAACACUGAAGGAAUCAUUUCUGCUGUUUAAACCCCCGUGUUAAAUAUCACGAGGAUGUCCAAGGAUCAAUGCUUUCUUACAGGCAUUUGAACUUGACAUGAAGCCUUUUGUAAUAUUAAUUAUGCUGAACUAUUUACACAAGUACAAUACCCUAGUCGAGUCCACCAG